AUGGUGUCGCUGAAAGACGUGAUUUCCUCCGGCUUCUUGCUCGACGAUGAGCUAGUCGUCUCCGCCAAGGUGCGCCUCGCGCCAUCGCCGCAGCUGAGGCUCCAUUCGGUUGGCGACCGUCUUUACUACAACGGGACAAGCCGGACCGUUGAGAGCGGCACGCGUCUGACUCAUGGCGCGCUCGGCGUGGUCGCCGGGCCGGGCGAAGGCGAGUAUUGGGGAGAGGGCCUGCAGCUGCGCUUUGGGGGAGGCGAGAGCGUCAGCUGCUACCUCGGCACGCUCAGCCGCGAGCGACCUCCGCCUCUACCUGGUGGGUUCGCGUUGGACGAAGAGCUCUAUUAUAACGGCACAGGCACGAAAUUUGAUAAUGGCGACCGGCUCGUUUACGGCUGGAGAGGACGCGUCGCUGGCCAAGCGGCUGGUGAUCUCGCCCGCACGGCCGUCGCAAUGCGUUUCGCCCACAACCAGCUCACCAUAGGCUGCUACCUACGCAAUCUCACGCGAGAUCCGCCUCCACCUCUACCUGGCGGGUUUGCGCCGGACGACCUCGUGUACUACAAUGGCUCCUCAUACUCCUUCGACAACGGAGAUGUGUUGAUAUUCGGAGAGAGAGGCACGGUUGUCGGCCCUCCUACUCUUGCAUCGCACGCAGAGGGCCUCACGGUGCUCUUCGACGGCAACAAGAGAGACUAUCAACUCUUACUCAACCAGCUCAGCCGGGAGCCUUUGCCCUCCCUCCCCUCCGGCGAGUACACAUGGCAUAUCCCGGGCUUCUCAAAGAUCGAGGAGACGAAGCUCUACUCUCCUACCUUCCAGGCCGGAGCAUUCAACUGGACACUUCUUCUCUACCCGAAGGGCGCCAAUCAGCAGGGGCAGCUCUCGCUCUACCUCAGCGCGGCCGGCUCGGCGACGCUGCCGGAGGGCUGGGCGCGGCAUGCGUCCUUCACGCUGACGGUGAAGAACCACCUCGAGGUGGCCACACGCAGUGUUAUGAAACGAGCGCAGCGGAACGGCGCCAACAACCAGACCAGAGUAGGAUGA